GCGGCGCUUCCCGCGGCGCGUUUGAGUCCCUCCACCAGCCAAUUGCGGCCUGUCGGGCACCAGGAGAACCCCCGAGGGACCCCAGACUGGCAUGGCGGACCUGGAGAGGCAGGCUGUGGCAGGCGGCGCCGCGUUUGGCGUGCCAGCCGCCACGCUGAAUGAAAUCAACGAGCACAAGGACAACGAGGGCUGGGCGGCGCUGGGUGGCCUGCCGGGUGUGGCGGCGGCGCUGCAUGUGUCCCUGCACGACGGUGUGAACCCUAUCGCCACCGACGGCACCGACCUGGAGGCCCGCAGGGCCGCCUUUGGUGCCAACAUCUUCAAGGCCAUCCCCCCCAAGAGCUUCUUCCGCCUGUGGUUCAACAACCUGAAGGACCCCACCCUGAUCCUGCUGACGGCGGCGGCCCUGGUAUCGACUGUGCUGGGCGUGGCGGUGCCCAAGGAGCGCGAGGAGAGCGCGUGGUCGGAGGGCGUGGCCAUCUGGGUGGCGGUACUGGUGGUGUCGCUGGUCGGCGCCUUCAACGAUUGGAACAAGGACCGCCAGUUCCAGAAGCUCAACGCGCUCAAGGACAUCAUCGAUGUCAAGGUGCUGCGCGGCGGGCAGCAGCUGACGGUGGCCAACACGGAGCUGGUGGUGGGCGACGUGGUGCUGCUGGAGGCGGGUGACAAGAUCGUGGCGGACGGGUACACGAUUGAGGUGCACGGCCUGGUGGUGGAUGAGGCCUCGCUGACCGGAGAGAGCGACCCCGUGAAGAAAGGAGGAGACAGGCACGAGCCCUGGGUGCGGUCCGGCACGCAGGUCACUGAGGGCAGCGGGCGCAUGCUGGUGAUUGCGGUGGGCGAGCAGAGCGAGUGGGGUCGCACCAUGGCGCUGGUGGUGGGGGAGGCGGCUGAGACGCCGCUACAGGAGAAGCUGGGCUGGCUGGCCACCGCAAUCGGCAAGCUGGGCUUCAUCGUGGCCGUCGUCUGCUUCGUGGUGCUGCUCAUCCGCUGGUGCAUCACCGAGGGCGGUUUCCCCCUGGACAAGUUCUCGGAGGGCCCCCUCCAGUUCUUCAUCUUCUCUGUCACCAUCCUGGUGGUGGCUGUGCCCGAGGGCCUGCCCCUGGCGGUCACCAUCUCGCUGGCCUACUCGAUGAAGAAGAUGAUGAAGGACAACAACUUUGUGCGCGUGAUGGCGGCCUGCGAGACCAUGGGCGGCGCCACAGCCAUCUGCUCCGACAAGACCGGCACCCUGACCGAGAACCGCAUGACGGUGGUGGCCGGCUACUUCUGCGGCAAGAUGUACAAGGAGGUGCCCUCGCUCAAGGAGCUGCCGGGAGAGGCGGGCGAGGAGAUUGCGCUGAACGCGGCCCUCAACUCCAAGGCCUUUCUGGUGGAGGAGGAGGAGGGCAAGGUUGAGUUUGUGGGCAACCGCACCGAGUGCGCGCUGCUGAUGAUGGUGCGCGCCUGGGGGCUGAGCUACUCCGAGCUGCGGGAGCUCAACCACACCAAGAUCGUGGGUGAGCGAGAGAUGCGCGAGGAGCUGUACCGCAUCGUCACAGAGAUGGCCUCCACAGGCCUGCGCACCCUCUGCCUGGCAUACACCGACUAUGCCAAGGAAGACCCCUCACGCCCCGCCGACUACUUUGAGCAGCCCCACGAGGAGAACCUGACCGCGCUGUGCAUCGUGGGAAUCAAGGACCCUGUGCGUAAGGAGGUGCCAGACGCGGUGGCCACCUGCCAGCGCGCGGGCAUUACCGUGCGCAUGGUCACAGGCGACAACAUCCACACCGCCAAGCACAUUGCCCGCGAGUGCGGCAUCCUCACCGAGGACGGCCUGGCGAUGGAAGGCCCCGUGUUCCGGGCCAUGCCUGAGGACGAGCUGCUGCAGCUGCUGCCGCGCCUGCAGGUGCUGGCCCGCUCCAGCCCGAAGGACAAGUACAUCUUGGUGCAGACGCUGAAGAAGUGCGGCGAGGUGGUGGCGGUGACUGGCGACGGCACCAACGACGCACCCGCACUCAAGGAGUCGGAUGUGGGCCUGGCCAUGGGCAUUGCGGGCACGGAGGUGGCCAAGGAGGCCGCCGACAUUGUGAUCAUGGACGACAACUUCUCCUCCAUCGUCAAGGCCGUGCUGUGGGGGCGCUCCGUGUUCACCAACAUCCGCAAGUUCCUGCAGUUCCAGCUCACCAUCAACCUGGUGGCGCUCAUCGUGGCCUUUGUGGCCGCCAUCUCAAACGGCGAGACGCCGCUCAACGUGCUGCAGCUGCUGUGGGUGAACCUGAUCAUGGACUCGCUGGCCGCGCUGGCCCUGGCCACCGAGGCGCCCACCCCCGACCUGCUCAAUGAGAAGCCGCACGGGCGGGAUGAGCCACUGAUCAGCCGCUACAUGUGGCGAUUCAUCUUCAGCCAGGGCGUGUACCAGAUCUUCUGGCUCUUCCUCAUCUUCUACGGCAUGCCCGCCCAGCUCAGUUCCUUUUACGUGCAGUCCGAGUGCGAGUGGAUGCAGCGCAACUCCUCCCCCGGCUUCUGCUGCGUUCCAGGCAGCGCCGAGUGCAGCCAGUACUACCAGUCAGGCGAGACGCCCAUGUGCCAGCUGACCGACAGCGGCGGGUGCUCGAUUGAGGAGCCAACCACCGACUCCAUCUGCGGCUCUGGGUCCGACGGAUGCGACCGCUACACGACUGUGGACGACUAUUACAACCAGCUGGACGACGAUUAUCACGACUACAAGGAGGAUGCGCAGAAGGAGACCAACUCAAUGGUGUUCAACACAUUCAUCUGGUGCCAGAUGUUCAACAUGAUCAACGCCCGCAAGAUUGGCAACGAGCUCAACGUCUUCGCCGGCAUCUUCUCCUCCCACGUCUUCUGGGCCGUGUGGGUCGUCUGCGUCAUCUUCCAGGCACGCGCGGGGGCGGGCAAGGGGGCGAGCCGGGCUUUCAUCAUCAUGUUCUUCCUGGGCGGCAUCUUCAAGGUGGAGCGCCUGUCUGGGCUGGAGUGGGCUGUGUCCAUCCUCAUCGGCCUCGGCUCCUUCCCCCUCUCCCUCCUCACCAAGCUGGUGUCGCGGAUGCUGCCCGCCCGCAAGGUGGCGGCGCACAAGCAGCUCACCGCCACAGAGCGGGCGGCGCUGGCGGCGGCAUCCAAGUCCUCGAGCCAGGCGCCACCUCCCAGGCGCCGCUGCCUGCCCUGCUUCCGUGGCAAGCAGGCCGGCGCGGCGGAUGGCGAGGUGGAGGUGGUGACGUCCGGCAGCUUCCGCGGUACCGCGGAAGCUGGCGAGGCCAAGGAGGCGCAGGCGCCCCUCUGA